GGCUCCCGAGAUUUCCAAUCCUCUUCUUCCUCCUCCUCCUCCAGCCUACCCCUCUCUUCUUCCCCGAUCCACCCCCCAAACUCGUCGCCUCCCAGUUCCCGGUCUUUUGUUCCUCACAAGUUCGUCGCGCCAACGACUCUACAAGCCAGCCCCGCUGGUACUGCACUGCCGUGGAUCGGUCCUUCUGCUGCUGCCGCCGGUCCUCCCAAUUCAGUCCGUCGCGAGAUCGAUCCCCUCAGGGCGCGGCGCGCAGGUGACGGAGCGGCCUAUUUCCAAGUAUUUCAUCUCUGGGUGCUAGCAAGAGACGGAUAAGAUGAAGCGCAAGCGCAGCCGCACGCCGGGCAAGAAGAGUUCUUCGAAUUCCACCGGGGCAGACUCUUCGUCGGCAUCUCCGUCCAGCCCAAGCACCGAAGAGAACAUCGCAGCGGAGAAUGCGCCUGUCUCGGGCUCCACCCCGGCAGUGCCCGAUCCAUCUCUUCCUCCUGUACCGGAGAAGCCGAGCGUCCUUGCCCCAGGUGCGGCUCAUCCUGCCGCUGAUAUACCGUACGCCAGGCUCAAGGUGGGGGCAGUGUACGGUCGUGUGAAGCUGAAGUUCAAAACCUCCAAGGCGUCAGAGCUCAGCAAUAGUUCGUCGGUAGCACAGGCACCCGCCACUGCUGGUAAAUCUCAGACUGCCGCCCCUGAAGUGAGCAACCAAGUUACCGCCGAAAAAGGCAUCGCUGCAUCCUCAGAUGGCCAGACAACUGAUGGGCAAGAGUCGGAGUUGAGUGGUUCUGAUAAGGACAAGGUGGCAAAGAAAGUAGGAAGCAUAAAGAUCGUGUCCGCGGGAUUAUCUUCUUCAGCACAAGAUAAAACCCAACACAUGGAGGUUGAUGAAGUAGAUGAAUCUCUUCCAAGUAAACAGGAACCUGUUUUAGUCACCGAGGAAAGCGAGAGUGCAUCGGAGCCAAAGAACUCGCAAGGGUCGGAGAUAAAGCAGUCUGCCCUUGAAUCUCAGCGCGAUGAGAAAGAGUUGGCUGCUGCACUUGAAGCUAUCAAGAAGGUUAUGAAGGUCGACGCAGCUGAGCCAUUUAACACCCCAGUUGAUCCUAUUGCUUUGGGAAUACCUGAUUAUCUUGAUGUUAUCGACACUCCUAUGGAUUUUGGCACAAUAUGUCAAGAUUUAGAACGUGGAAGCAAAUAUAUGAACUCAGAGGAUGUCUAUAAGGAUGUGCAGUUUAUAUGGGAUAACUGUACCAAGUAUAACAGUAAAGGUGAUUACAUAAUAGAGCUUAUGAAACGGGUAAAGAAGGCCUUCAUGAAAAAUUGGCUGGCAGCAGGCUUGUAUUCUGAUGUGCAGGAGAAUGGUGGCAAUGACAACAUUGGUGACGAGGAUGCCAAAGUUAGUUCAAAAAGCAAGUCUAAGCAAAAACGGCGUCGCCCAGGGAAUGAUCGACACAAAAAUGAUUGUGCAUGUGCUGUUUGUCAAGUUACACGGCGUAAGAAGGAAAGGGAUGAAUUUUUAUCUGUUGAUAAUGAAGUCACUGUGGUGAACAUUUCUGAAGAGCGCAACAUGGAGGUAAACUUCGGUGAUAAUAAUCAUGGUAGUCAUGACACAGCCUCUAGUCAGGAGCAACCACGACAUACUGAUGUGUUUAAAGCGACAAUGGAAACAGAUGAUCAGAUGGAAGAUCGUGGAAAAUCCGUCAAUAAUCCAUCUCCUGACUAUGAAGAUGAGGUCUCCAGACAGUACUCGGAGGAAAAGGAAGAGGAGUAUAAAGAUCUGAACAGUCAGGACGAGCUUACUUCCACUCAGCCUAAUGAUGACCCAGUAGUUGGGCGCCAUGAACAGAAGGCACAGACCGAAAUCGGCCAGGAGGUUGAAAUGGAGGAUUUGCCCAUUCAACAGGAGAACGAGUCAUUCUUGCAAGUCUGCGCGCGCCUUUUCCCCAGCAAGCAGGGCUCCGCUUUCAGGGGUCGCCAUUCUCUGUUCCGUCAGCAGCGCCGUGUGGUGGCAUCAAAGGAGAGCCCCCUGCACGCCGCCCUGACAGCGAUAAUGAAACGGUAGGAAAGAAAUUCCAUGCGUGGUUUCUUUCUUGUGAGAGAAGCAGCUCCAUGCCGCGCAGCUGCGUCGCGACUUUGGGAAACCUCUUCCCUGAAGACAUGGGAAGCUGGUUGGAAUAACGCUGAUGUGGUGAUGCUCGGGUAUGAUGUGGGUACAAAAUUAGUUGGAGGAUACCUGUCGAGGAAGAAUUCUCUUGGGCGUAGACUUGAAUUUUGUAUGCGAUAAUCACAUGUCGUCAGUGUCUCUCAUUGCUUGCCGGCCUGGCAUAGGGUUGUCCUCAAGGCUAUAAUUCAUUUCAUUUCAUUCCCAAGGGAGGGAGGGCUAUUAAACUAGUGUUUUGUGCCGAUUCUUCCGGCCAACUAGUGCCUGACUCUUGAGCUUGCCUAAAACAAAAAACAAAAGGUGUUUUGAUUGGGAUUGGGAUGCAUACAUGAUUCAGGAUUGAA